AUGUUUAAAAUCAACCCGGUGGCAAUUAAGAAUUUCACCAAAUUCAUUUCGAUUCGCUCAAUUUCCGGCAGAAGAUUGAUAUACGAAGGCUACGGUGAUCCAUCCGAUGUUGUAAAACUGGAAAACUUUGAAUUACCAAGCGAACUAAAGGCUGAUCAGGUACAAAUCAAAUGGAACGCGGCACCGGUGAACCCGGCUGAUAUCAAUCAACUUCAAGGUGUAUAUCCAGUGAAACCAAAAUUGCCAGCUAUUGGAGGAAACGAAGGGUGUGCUACUGUGGAAAAGGUGGGGAUUUUAUAAUAGGUUUCUGCAGUUGCUGUGUAUUAAUAUUGGUGUUUUUGCAUUGUGCAAAGUUUGAUUAUUUGCACGGUGCAAGUUUUUUGAUUGGGGAUAACUUUUUUAAAAGAGGCCAUAUUGUUUUUAAAAUUUGUAUAGAGGGUUAUUAUGACUUUAGGAAUAUUAUUUACAAUUUUAUUUUUUAAAUUAAAAAAAUAAAAAAUUUUGUGAUUAGGCGAGUUAGACUGCACUGUGCAAUAUUUAUGUUUCUUGCACAGUGCAGCCUCUUUUAUUUUUCUUUGCACUGUGCAGUUGGAAAUGGCUUUUAAAAACAAAAAAAAAGAGUUAAAAAACUUAUUUUUUCUUUAUUCUUUGCUACAAUUUUAAAAACUUUUAAAAUUUAAGGUAGGAUCAAGCGUCACCUCCUUAAAGCCAGGAGAUCUUGUGAUACCAGUUCAGUCAGGUCUUGGAACCUGGACUACUCAUUCAGUUCAUGACGAAAACAGCUUAUUCUCAUUGAAUUCAAACUUGGACAAGAUUCAUGCUUCUGUUUUCCAAGUCAAUCCGCCUACAGCUUAUCGUAUGCUUCAUGACUUUGUCAGCCUCAACAAAGGAGAUACUGUAAUUCAGAAUGGCGCCAAUUCUGCUGUUGGACGGUUUGCUAUACAGGUAAGUGGUUUUAUAAUAUGUUGUGUAAAGUGGAGGUUUUUGGUUUGGAGGCUUGUAAAGAAAGUUCUUGUUGUUUUAGUUUUUGUAAAGAAGUUAUUGCCAUUUUUUGAUUUGUAAAGAAAUUUGCCAUUCCUAAUCAAAUUUUUAUAGUUAUGUCGUAUUUUUGGUUGGAAAUCAAUAAAUAUUAUCCGGGACCGACCAGGUGCUGAUAAGUUAAAGAAGGAAUUGGAAGGUCUGGGAGCUGAUGCUGUCUAUACUGAAGAAGAGGUAUGUCUUUGAUAUUUUUUAAAUAUUUUAUGUGGUUCUUGAGUUUAAAAAGGGUUUUUUAAUAAUGUUAAAUGAAUUUUGAUACCUAAAAUAUUUUGGUUAUGAUUUUAAAAAGUCUUGUCGUUUUUUGCUUUGAAAAUCCUAAUAAAAUGACUACAAGACUUUUAGAAGCCUUAUUAUGACUGGAAAGAGAGUUUUUGAAUAUAUAGUCUUUGGUACUAUUUUUAAUGCUUACUUUUAGCCUUAGUACUAUUUAGCAUAAAGGUACUAUUUAGUACCAAAAGUACUGUUCAAUACCGAACGUGCAAUUUAGUACCAAAAUUUAUUAUUUCGUGUUAAAAGUACUAUUUAGUACUAAAGAUACUAUUUAGUACCAAAAAUAGUAUUUAAAGAUUGCUUUUGAAGUAUCAAACUCAAAAUUUUUAGUUUGCCAAAAAGGUCCGUGACAUAACCAACGUCCGGCUGGCACUAAACUGUGUCGGAGGCAAGUCUUCCUUCCAACUCUGUCGCACCCUAACCGACCAAGGCUGUAUGGUAACAUACGGUGGCAUGUCGAAACAACCAACUCAGACCCCAACAGGGCCACUCAUCUUCAAAGACAUUAGCCUCCGAGGCUUCUGGAUGUCACAUUGGUAUACGGUAACAGCGAAUCUGGACGAACGUCGACGAAUGUACGACAAAUUGGCACAGUUAUUCAUCGAUGGAGAGCUGAAGCCGGCUCCAUAUAAGGAAUACCCGUUGGAAGAGUACAAGAAAGUGUUGGAGAUUGGUCUUCAAGCUAAAGAAAAGGCCAUUUUCGUAUUUUAG